AAGGCAAAUCUUUCAGCUGUCGCAAAUAGAACGGGAGCUGGCAGCCAUCAUGCAUCAGCAAAGAAGAUGCAGCGGCAAGCGUUCGUCCGACACGCACGCAUGCCUAUAGUUCAUUCAUUUCUUGUGGACUUGUCGCUGAGCCAACAACUUACCGUGUCCACAUCUGUUCCUCCACUGUUGGUGUUUGUUCACGGGGCACUCGCAGUGCCAUUGUUGGACGUCGAGGUGGUGAACGCGCUGUGACGCUCAUCUUACAGAAGGGCAUUACCGUCAAGGGCCGCUCAGGGUUCUGUGAUUGAGUUCCCGUUGCAACGUCUCGGGCGGUCUCCUCUACCCACCCACGCAGAGUGUGUCUCUCUUCUUCCGCGCUCGGAUGGAUUGCGACGCAUAAGCUGAAGAAGGUUGCUCUGCACCUCACAUGAGCUGUGUGGCCUGCUACCCAUUUCUUCUUCGACUCGUCGACGGAAACAGAGAGGCGACACCGCUUCUCGCCACUCAGCACUGCAAUCUGAGAUGAACUGUCCAAACCUGCCAGCACCCGAGGAGUUCCUUGUUCCCGUCUUCUCGGCCGGCCCACCUGUCGGAAAAAACUGCUUUCACUGCGGCAUCCGUCUGCGUAGGGGGCACUCGUCACCGACUUAUUCGUUUCCACCAUACUGCGUCACCAUGUCGUACGGAAAUGGAACCGUGUUGAUGCCCAUUGUGCGCCGCGUUUUCAUUGGCGCUCUGGUCGGCAUCUACGCGUACGCAGCGACCGAUGUCGUUCUGAUCCCUGGCUACGCUCAGCUCAUGCAAAAAUGGAAAAAGGGUUCUUCGACACCAGCACACGGAGGUGGACACUAGAUGCAGCGAGAAAGUGGAUGCUUUCACAAGAAUGCUACACUUCCCAAUUCGGAUAUUAGGGCCGCGAUAGGCGGCGAAGACCCUACGAAGCUGUUGUGAUUGAGCCGAGACCGAGUGCUUUUCGUCAUGCAAGCCGGGAGGCCUUUCUAGCAACUUACCUUUGAAGCCAUGGGCUGUGUUAUUGGGUUAAGCAGUUGUUUGUUUGGACUGUAAGCCACCGAUUUCAACCCAUUAAUCUGGUCCGCUGUGCCGUCCAUGAUCAAAUUGCUUCAACGAGCACGUUGCUAUCCUCAUGAACUGGUGCGUUGUCCUGUCCAGCGGGAUGCCCAUCAGACAUCUGUGCUUCGUAGAAUCUUGCUGAUGUUCCGCACUUGGCCCCUUCACUCGACUGAAUGCGUGACCCCAUGUGUGUAGUCAAGCUCAGAUGACGCAAUGAGACGCCACUCAAAGAUAACUGCGGGCUCCAUGGAAAGACAAUUCUCUCUGCAGACAGCGUGAAGAACUUCUCGUGUAGCGCUAAUGCCGCAAUA